AUGGACGAAAUUGAAAUCUGGAAUUUAAUCAUCAAAUGGGGUAUUAUAAAUACUCCGACUUUAGGCAAACAACAUGUUUCAAAAUGGACGCCUCAAAAUUUUACAGCUCUAGAAAAGACACUUCAUCCAUGUAUUCCAUUGAUCCGAUAUAGCAGCAUCUCCAGCGAUGAUUAUUUGAAAAAAUAUGAAAAUGGAAAUUUUGGGUUAGAUCUCAAAAACUCAGCUCCGCCGCAACCUGUUAAAAUUCUACCUCCUCGAUCAAGUUCCAUUGGCUCUAAAAUUAUUGACUCUAAUCACGCUAAGCUAAUUUCAGCUUGGAACGAUAAAAAAGAUAGUGCCGAUUUCUCUGAUAAUUUUUGUAGGUCGUCAUACGAGUUUAAACUCCUCUAUCGAGGCAGCCGAGAUGGUUUCAAUGCUUCGAAAUUUCGAGAGCUUUGUGGUUCUGAAACUCAGACCGUAGUUGUCGUCAAAACAAAUCAAAUUGGAGGAAUUUUUGUGGCUAUAACCCUAGCCAUUUAG